AUGAAGUUUAGGUCGUUAUAUCGAUGGCCCUUCCUCCCUUACCAGCAUCUCCCUCACCGUGCCCAUCGUCUCCCCCCUUUCCAGCUCGGCCCCGCCGCUUUCUGUCGAGGUCUCCAGGCGGCCCGCUUCUCCGCAAAUGAUGGCAGCCGUGGUGGCCGCGAAGGUAUGAGAAGUUCGGUCUUCUGUGUUUUUUCUCUUUCAUCCGUGUUCUCUAUUAGGAACCAUGAUGCCAAGUUGGUGUAAAUCCCGUGUUUCCUUGUUAGACUGCCUUGGUGACCGCAUCAAGCCUAUGCUUUGAUCAAAGUAAUAUAAGAUCGCAUUAACUUUCGGGUUUGUCCCUUCCAUAUAGAAGCCUCCCCACUUGAGCUGCCAAAUGCUAUUGGCCAAGACUUUCGGUCAUGCCACAGAAUUCUCAAUGUCGUGGUUCAUUGAGUAAACAUUCUCCGCGGACAGUGUCACGCGAUGCUGCCUCCUUAGGGGAGCUUUCUUCAUGGAAAAUGCCUCCUUAGGGAAGAUGUAGCAUCCUCGAGAAAGAAUUUGUGAUGAGGGCUGAACCUCCCACUAGUUCUGCUCUAAGAAAAGAUGUGCAUCGUAGUUGUUAAAGUACUUGACUAAAUACCAUGACACUACAUGAUUUUAUUUCCCCAAGCAAUUAGGUAUUUUUCCCAUUUUCAUUUACUAUCUGGUAAAAAUGUUUUUCUAUGAUGAACUGCCAAGGAAUCACAAUAAGAACGUUUGGAUCUAUUCCUUCUAAGAGAGGGCAUAAAAAUGACUUUCCUAUCGUUAGAAGAUUCUAAUGUUACCUUUGCUUCUCGUAUACACUUCUCAAGCAUCAAAACUCUCUUGCUGGGCCACUCUAUUUUGAUGCUGUCAUCAUAACACAUAGCCUCAUUAGUGCUUUUUGGUCCAUGCUCUUUGUUCCAUCAUGAUUGCUUUAUGAGUUGUCUAAACCAGCUGAUGGAUUAGAUAUCUGGGGCCCCAACAGCUUCCUGGAAUUCACUUGCCCUAGCAGUUGCCAUCACCCAAUUAGCGUGUUCUCUGCAAAAAAAAUGUCCUUACCAUCCCAGCGGCACCAAAAGCCAACCUAGCCUGGAUUCAAUUGUUCUACCCACUGAGCUUUUCAUCUCCCUAGGCCACGUUGUUUGUCUGUGUCAAUUAAAAUAAAGCACCUAAUAUAUAUUUUUUUUGAGUAGUUGGUUCCAGAGUAUCUGUUUUCCUCGGUUUUUUUUUUGUAUUCCUUGUUCUUUGCUUUGGAGUACGUCUCUAUGUCACUAUAACGUGCGUUCAGGCAAUUUCUUCAUGGUGUCUGGUGCAACGAUGGCUACCAUACUUAUGCUUGGCAUUCUUCAUGCCCGGCGUCUCUACGAGGACAGGAAGGUGAAAUAAUCAUGUGGUAACCUUUUAUUGGUUUUUUUUAUUACUGAUGAAGGGAGUCAAAAAGUUCAGGGUCUGGACUUGAAAAAGUAUUGUAUACUUUUUUCAUUAUAUGUUCAUGUGGAAUUGUGUCCUAAUUCUAAAACCACCAGAUAAUACUUCUGCUUAGUUUAGUCUUAGCUUUUAAGGAAAAAUAUUUUAUUUGAUUUCUUAUUUUGAGGAAAAUGUGGUUGUACGAACAGUUGGUUAUGUGACAAACAGAGAUGAUGCAAACAGUCUUCAGUAAUCGCGUGUCUUUUGCAGUACAAUGCAAGCAUUUUUUACUUUUAAGUUCAUAUUUUAUUACUAAACUGGUACUGCAAUUUGAUAGCUUAAAGUCAUGAAGGAAAAAGGGAUUGAACCUGAGUUUUCACCUGAUGCCAAGGUUUGUGCUUAUUGCCAUUAGUACUUGAAAAUUUAAGCAACGCAUCUUUAGCAUUAAUAUGUAAAUGAACGCCUUUUUUUUCCUGACUGGUGUCAACUGUAGGCUGCAUUCUUGAAGCUAUUACCCCUUCGUUCGAUCUCUCGUUUUUGGGGUCUCUUCACAGGUGUGGUCAGUAUAAUACUGGCGCUUAUCUGAAGCAUUCAUUUUUUUAAACCCUUUUUGUGUUGCCAUUGUUAAAUGAAUGUGAAUUAAAAUUUUAAACUUUUUCCUGGACGUUAUCUUCUCCAUGUUAUCUUUUAGUGCGUUCUGUUCUUUUCCAGGUUUUCUUUCUUUCUGGUUAAUCCCCUGGUUUCUUUUCUCUAUAGAAGGUACCCAACAAUUUAUAUUCAUUAGAAAGUAGAAAAAGGAGAAAAGAGAAAUAUGGAUAUCUGGGACCUUAUGGCUCAGUUCUACUGACCAAUACGUCUUCCAGAAAAGUUGUAUCUCUGUUCACUUAGGACAAGCAAUAACUGAAAGUAUGAUGAGUCUAAUGCUUUCUUUCUGGACAGUGUGAUCAUAGCGAGUUUGAAGAUGGAAAUACUGUCGAUGACGUCAUUAGGAAGGCAUCACUUUACUGGGGACCAGUACCAACCCUACUGGAUUAAAUUCCCACAAAAAUUUAUUGUUAUCAUAUAUCAGUUUCUCAUUUUUGCUGUCUCAUUCACCUUUAUCCAACUAGCACUUAAUUCUGCAAAGGACGAGCAUAACAUCAAAUGAGGUAUCUUAAAGUUGUCUGAGGAGUAAAAUAUGGCUUCUGUAACCCAGUUAAUCCGAGAACGUUCCGCACUUGAUUGUGUUAGAAUGGCAAACAUGAUGAACAGGUGAUAUGUUUAUCCACUGAUAUGAGAAACGUUUUACUGUAGUAUUUCCUUUACCUAGCCUAUUUAUGGAGGGGGAUAAAUCAUCUCUUGUAAUUCUAACUCUUAUAUGUGCAACUAUGUAAAACUCUGUGCUUGUUUUGUAUUUGAUUAUCUCUUCCUUAUAUUUGUGUCAAUCUUCUCUAUCUUCAGUAGCAUGCCACUGGUCGUUUGAGGAUUCCACUUGUCAAUCGGGAAUACCAUAAAUGAAUAACAGUGGCAUUAGUUCACAGUUGGUGGCUAUCAUUUUACGUUUGUUGCAUAUAUAAAUAGUUCAUAUAUGAUGUUCCCCUUUACAUCUUGUGGUUAUUGACCUGGUAUCUAGCAGUCUUCUUGGAUGAUUGAUUAAUGGGAGUGUGUUAGUCAUAUUACUGAUUAUCCUGCCUAUUAGAGGAUGUCUUCUAAGUCAUCAAUGCUUUUUUAUCUAACAGAGUUAGUAUAUGUACUGUGAUUAGAUAACCAUCUUGUCAUGUCAUCGGCAUUUUUUACAAUCGUUCAUUGCCAGCUUAUUCUGCCUUUUGGUGUCUCACAAUUUCAUUGAAAUCAGGCUAGGGAUUGUAGAAUUUCUUCUGAUUUUACAUUUCUUACUUGCUUUUAACAGGAAAUACUUGAAAUGAUGCAAACUGGAUUUGAUAUCCAAAAUCCCUUGUUAAUUUGUCAUUCUGGACUAGCUUGGCUCACUUCAAGAUAAUUUCAUUGUUUUAAACAUGUAGUUAUUUUAUGUUUUUAUAUUUCUAUUUCGCUAUGUGGUACAUAUUUCCUACUCUUUAACUUUUAUUUGCUCUAUCUAUCAGGAAAUUCCUACCUGGCUUCGUCCUAUUGUCUACAGAGCCUGGGCACGUGCAUUUCAUUCUGGUACGUUUUGCCAUGCCCCCUGCCAUGUUCUUGGACAGUUCUAAAUGAAUUGUUUUGCCUGAAUAUGCUCGCUUAUAAUCUAUUCUCGCGUAGAAAUAUUGACAAUGCUUCUAAAAUAUUCUUUUCGAAAAUGACAAAUGUGAAUGAGAUAACCUAGGAAUUUAUAUUCUCGUAUAAAUUAUUUCAUUGUUGUCAAUAAGUUUUUGAUUGAUUGUCCUCUGAGAUUCUGCAUGUUGUGGAAUAUCUGAAUGAAGUUUUCGAUAGCCUAGGCAGUGGAGACGCUUGCAUGGUUUGUCUUGUCUAUAGUAAGAUGGGCCUGGCUAAUCUGUACUCUUUUAUGGGUGGUAAAAUGAUACUCAAUUACCACCACUGCCCAUUGCAAUUCGCACGUCAUCUCAUCUUGAAGUCUGCCUGGUGAGGACGAAGUGAAAGAAGGUUCAAUAGCUUACGCCAGUCCAAGGAAUUUCAGACCCUGGGCAAUGAAAUAUGGGUGCAAAUAGUUCUUGAUCAGGUGACUGAUAUGAAGAAAAUACUAGAAACUCUACAUGAUGGCGCUUAGAGUAUAUUCUCCGCAAAUUGGUGAAAUGUUGUUGCGACUUCCUUUUUUCUCUUUCCCUUCAGCCUUGGACAUAUUUCUUUCUUGUAAUCGUGGACAAUAAGAUGUCCUCCCAAUUGCUUAGGUACCAUGGGCCUUUUAUAAAUGGAGCUUUCGUCAGAUUUGGAUUGGAGGUGGCCCAUACACCAUCCUCUUUUUCCUCUGUGGAUUUCCUGGAAAUUGACUGGGUAUUUGGGUUUUCAUCCUUAGAAAAGCAAGACCAUUCCAAUUCCCUUUUCUCCUCUGGUUUCCAGCAUCCGUAAUAUAAAUCAAGGUAGUGGAGCUCAUGAUGGCACUUUUGACCAAAUAAUUUUUGUCCCAAUAGAGACAAUCAAGGUAUGAGAAUUUGUGAUUCUCAACUUUGACGCGAUCUGUGAUGAUGGAAGGAUUGAAUGCAGGAGAACACUGAGUACGACUGAGUGAGCAAGAUAAUUGCACUUUUGCAUUUAAACAUUUCUAUGGUCCUUAGUUUUUUAUUUGCCUACUUCUGAGAUAUGUUCUCCCUACAACCCAAUACAUCUAUGCCAUAUCUGUGUCCACUGUUGGAAAUCACAUCAGAAGCGUCCUCUUCCUUCUGGUCUUGAUUCCUUGGCUACUCUGACAUCAGAUUGGUGGGCGAAGCUUUCUUUAAAUAUGCUCACUUUUCUUAAUGUUAUAAAUAUUUCUCUUGUUUCUAGUCUACGUGUGGAAAUUCAUAUUUGGAAUCUCCACUACAUUUCACUGUUUGCCGCAUGAUAAUGGUCGCCUCCGAACUUUCUCUUCUGCAGAUUUGGAAGAAGCUGCUCUGCCACUAGAUGGAUAUAAAUCUUUACAGGAGUUUUUCGGUCGCACAUUGAAAGACGGUUCCCGGCCAAUUGACCCUGAUCCACAUUGUCUGGUAACUGGUAACGGUUGAUGUUAGGAAGUUUAUAGUUUAUGCUACCCCUUGCCAUUUAAUUUAGGGGAAAUUACCUCAAUAUUCCGCGUGCUUUCUGUGUAAUAGGUCAGUCCCGUGGAUGGCACAGUACUUAAGUUUGGGGAGCUUAGAGAAUCUGCAGCUAUGAUUGACCAAGUUAAGGGUUUUUCUUAUUCUGCAACUUCUCUUCUCGGGGCAAGCCCAUUUCUUCUGGAGGAUGGCUGUAAAGACGUGACAGACAUGGAGUACCAUGAAGCAAGAAGCAAAGAUUCAGGCAAAAGAUCAUGGUGGCGCAUCUCUUUUGCUUCGCCUAAAGUUCGGCUUCCUAAGACUGCAUGGUACUUCCUAUUUUCCUGUCCAGCAAUUCGGAUCUGUAUCUAGAAGCAUUCCUUUUGUAAAGUUAAAUUUCCAAUAAAUAUCAUAAUUUAGAAAAGUUCAUUCUCUUCAUUGGUUAACGAUUUUUUAUCUGCUUUCAGUUUUUAGGAAUCUGUGUUACCAUACCUGCCAAUGAGGGAUGUCGUUUGACAUCCUUUUGUUUAACAUUAAGAGAUAAACGCUUAGUAAGAGGCUCAUGUACCGGCCAGUGCACCUGACCCAUCACCAUCUUGAGGUUACGAGGCUUUGGUUAUUCCUCAAGUUUGAUGCAUCUUUUACAUGCAGGGGAUGUUUUACUAUUUUUAUGGUCGGUAUGAGAUUUGCAGUACUAUGACAUGGUGCGUAAUAUCGAAUUGGGGCGUAGGUGGUCUUGUACUGUGACGUACAAAGCUGAAAUCCAGUGGAGCCAUUCAUGUUUUGAACCUAUAACUGUUCAGAAUGAUUAGUUUACGCUCAAAGUUUCUUUGACAGCACUAUCUUGUCCAAUAGGAUCUCUAGCUAUACCCAAUGGUCGAUCCUACCCUUAGUGAGAAUCAGAGUUGCAAGGACUUUUCAACUUAUGUUCAUUUAGAAGGGAAUAUCAACCUUAUUUUUGUGAGAACUUGUUCGAGCUAUUAGUUUCUAAUGAUAAUUGCUUAGAUAACAGUCGUGGAAGUGCCUGAUGGGGAUCAGUUGAAUAAGUUCAUGGGAUGCUGGAUUUACUGAAAUUUUACUGGUCGUUUCUUAAUGCCAUUUCUUCUGGUUGAGGUUACAUAACGUUCAUUGCUUACAUAACUAUGAUUUGGUUGUGAUUUCAAUGAAUGAAUUACUAUAUGAUCCUUACGUACCACUAUCCACCCUAUUCUCAUCACGCUUUAGAGCGGAUUAGUGUUUUUAUUUCAAGUUUCUCACCAUAUCUGUACAGUUUGCUCUGUCAUGAACUUUCUGUGAAUUCCAUCAAUAUUUAUAUUGGUAGAUCCAAUCGGAAAACUUAGAUUGAUGAAAUAUUGAAAAACUACUUUUAUUCUCUUGAUGAAAUUUUUGACGUCUUCUGUGUGGUUUAAGUUUCUAAUUAGAGAGAUAAUUCACAUGCAUUAUCUUAUUUGCCUCCCUUUAUAAUCUUAUUCAAUGGAAAGUAACCUAAAAUGUUCACUGUGACUUUGUGGUUUGUUUGAAGGUAGUGAUACUACAACUUUUUCGUGUCUUUUUGUAAGGUGAUAUUGAUGUUGAUGUGUACUUUCAUCCAAACCGCAACAUCACCACCUUUAGAUUUUGAUCGCCUUUUAGCCCGCAUCACCCUAGCAUUAAAGUUCUUCCCUGUCCAGAUGACGACUCUUGGUAAGUAAGAGUCGAAUUAUUCUGUGUAUUUAAUGGGCACCAUUUCUCAUCUUAGAUUGUAAUUGAAACCUCUUCCACUGUCUGUAAAGGUUACAUAGAGUGGAAUGUAAAGACGCAUAGUGUAUUGAUCUGUACCUUGUACGUUCGUCUGGUUGGACUUACUGAUCUUAUCAGACUUGUCCUCAUGGUGCCCAGCUGUAUUCUAUCUCCAGAAACUUAAUGCCUUAGACAUUAGUACAGAAACCUGUCAAUUCCAAGGCCUGAUUAAAUCUAAUGCAUCGGUUAGCAUGGAAUUCGUCCCUUUCAAUUUAUCCCAACUAUGGUAAUUUUUAUGCUAAUCCAUGGUAAGUUUUUUUGGUUUUCCUUUCGUCUCUAAUUUUCUGUAUCUUGUACUAUUUUGUUCAUUUAGCAUUGCUGCACACCAAUAAUUGGUCGUUGGCGCGCCCUAUUCUAUAAUGUGAUCUGCUCUUGAACAUUACAAUGUCAUGAUUUUUCUUGGAUGCAUCAUCAUCCAUCGUUCUUUAAGGAAAUUAAAGUUCUGACUUGACUAACGUCUGCCUGACUCUGUUGUGAUGGCAGUCCAAUCAGAGGUGUGUUUUACUGUGUUAUAUAUUUGAAGCCUGGUGACUAUCAUCGUGUGCACUCUCCUGUUGAUUGGCAUGUUUUUCUUCGCCGACACUUUGCAGGUAUCAUCAUCUUAUAGAAUGUAUGAGAAGACUCAUUAUUUAAUGUGGAAUCUAGAUACAAUAAAUCUUAGCGCGGUGUAUUUUUUGAAUCAUCUCUUCGUUUGGAUUCAGGUCAUUUAUUCCCUGUGAAUGAACGUGCCACACAAACAAUCAGAAACCUUCAUAUCGAGAAUGAAAGGGUAAGGCCAAGUUUUUAUUGUGAUGAUAUGGAUUAUAUAGUGACUUACAAUUCUCAUAGACAAGGAUCAUCCUUCACAUCUUCUACAAAAAAAAAUUAUAGGAAGUACUAUGCUCACUUCAGUGUCCGAAUUAAUGAAAGUCACAGGUCACUUUGAUGUGCACGUACAGAUAAAUGAUCUUUUUAGUCAAAAUACAUUGAUAUCCACUUCCAUAAAUAAAUUCAACUUUUGAGAUGAUCAGGUUUUUUUUCAUGGGCUUACCUUGGCAUUUCAAAUUCCAUGAGCCCCUAUUUGUGUAUUGUCAUAGGAAUCCCUGCUUUUCCUGGCCAACUCUUACCAAUUCAUGUCUCCUAGGUUGUUCUUGAAGGUCAAUGGGACGAGGGCUUUAUGUCAAUGGCGAUAAUUGGCGCGACAAAUGUUGGAUCUAUAAAGGUGCAAUGGUUUUCUUCCCACAUACCAAGUUAUCACAUAUUACUGCGAAUUAUUGUUGUUAUUUCAUGAAUCAAAAGGUCUUCUUCUAUGCAAAAGUUACGUGUAUUAAAAUAUUCAUUGAAUCAGAUAUGCUCCAAAGAUUUUUUCGAACUUCGCCUUUUAGGACUAGAUUAUUUCUUCUCGAUCAACCCAUUGAAUCCUGCAUAAAACAUCGGCAGCUGUUCAUAGAACCAGAGUUGAUGACCAACCGGCCAAAACGAAAGCUUCUGCAAACAGAACCUCCUGAAGAACGUCGGUAUGAACCCAGAGGCAUGAAGCUCAAGAAGGGCGACGAAGUAGGAAUUCCAUCUGACGUGAUAAUUCACAUAACAGUCGAUUGGGCCCUUACCUUCGUUCUUAUUUUAUUUCUUAUUUCCUUUUUAGGUCGCAGUAUUCAACAUGGGGUCAACUGUAGUGCUUGUCUUCCAAGCUCCUGUCGCAGGGUCAACUGAGAAAGAUUCAGCUUCUUCGGAAUUCAAGUUCUCCAUCCGAAGUGGGGAUAGAAUCAGAGUUGGAGAAGCUAUUGGGAGAUGGUCUGAUGUAUAG